UAAAGAUUUAGUUUUCAAUAUGGAGUGUCAUUCAAAUCCAGAAGUUGUUGAAAUCGAUGCUUUCGAUGAAAGUGAAAUCACAAAAUCUUGCACUGAUCAAAGACAUCUUCGUGUCAAACCAAUUAGAAUUAUACAACUUAUUUUUUCAAGUCUUUUGCUAGGAUUGACUAUUGGUUUGACACAUCCAAAUCACUGGGUUCUCGAUUAUGGAAAUUUAACCCUUUUGGGAAUUGUAAAUUUUAGUUUUUUCGUAAUUGAAAUUGUCGAUGCUGUCAGUCAAUUUGGAAAUGAUCCCAUACCAGAUACUCCGGUAAUAAAAUUUUCAGUCACUUUGAAUUAUUUCAUAAACUAUAAAUAUAUGCAAGAAGAACAAUCAGAAUUUUUUAUAUUUCAGAUGUUUGUUUUUGGAUCGUGUGGAGUGAUUUUAUUUUUAAUCGCGUGUGGCGGAAGUACAGCAACAUUUGCAAAAUCUCCAAAAAAUUCUUCAAGUUUACUUUUAGCUAUAGGAAUUAUUAGCUUUUUCAACGCUCUAUUACAUUUACUUGACGUUGUCCUUAUUUUUCUUUUUGGCUAUUAA